AUGCCCGCAUCACAAAGUGGAUUUGGGAACUUCUUCUUGGAGAGGAGCGCCGAAAUGCCGGCAGGGUACCAGGUCCCGGUGCUGGCCCCCCUCCCAGAUGUGCAGCCGCAGGUUCGGCACCUGGCGGCCCUGGCAGCUGGGCUUCCUGUCACAUACUCAGGUCUGCAGGGAUACAACUUCCUCCCCUAUCCGCAGCACAGACACAUCAUGAGUGGCGGCUUCUACCUGAAGGCCCCCUCCCAGUACCACCAAGCUCUCCUGGCGCGCGGGGCGCUUUUCUUUCCUCCCUACCGCCAGUGUGAGGCCGAGGAUCUGGGCAGGGCGGCCAAGGUGGCCACCCGCGAGAGCACGUGCGCGUUGAAAGCCUGGCUCAACGAGCACCUGAAGAACCCGUACCCCACCAAGGGCGAGAAGAUCAUGCUGGCCAUCAUCACCAAGAUGAGCCUGACGCAGGUCUCCACGUGGUUCGCCAACGCGCGGCGCCGCCUGAAGAAGGAGAACCGGCUUAGCUGGGCGUCCAGGGCCAAGUCUGACGAGGAGGAUGAGGAGCAGGAGGGAGACAGUGAUGAAGACAAAUGUCACCCAGAUGAUGGAGACAAGCCUCAGAGUGAGCGCGCGGCCGCAGGGGAGCAGGUCGGGAGCGCGGAGGAGAGCUCAGUGCGCACUCAGGCGCAUUUGGAGACUCCAGAGCAGAGCGCGGACCAGGAGGUUCAGGAGGACCGAGACCUGGAGGAGAAAGAUUCUGAUGAUGCUCCUUCAGCUUUGGAGAGCAAAAGCACCGUCAGUCAGAAGCCCAAGAUCUGGUCUCUGGCAGAAACCGCCACGUCAGAGACCGCGAAGAAACCCAGGGAGUGGAUUUCUCACCCCCCCGGGAAACUGUGGGCAGACUGGGCUUCUCGAGCCGGACUCUUUGUACCGGGUUAUUACAGCCAACAUGAACUAAUCUGAGCUGAUUUUUAUACAAGAGACGGGUUAGUUUGCACUUUAACCUUCAGAGCUCACGGACUUCCUGUUUGGAAAGACAUGAGACCAAAAACUGUUUCCUGUAAAUAAAUGUAUUUUUCCACCAGAAAGAUGUAAAUUAUAUUUCCUAUGUCUUA